UCAACAAGUACUCUUGCACGAUGACAGCUCUAUCAUAUCUAAUAGGACUAUUGAGUCUCCUAAUAAGUUCUCACGGUAGCCAUGGAGGAGGAUUGUUGAAGGAAUCAAGAGAAAUUGGAAUAAAUGCAACAGCCUUGGCACCUGGUUAUACAUCCUGUCCACAGACAAUCGGAGCAAAUGGCAUUUAUCAAGUUGAAGUUCCUGGCCUUGGAGACUUCUCUGUCUAUUGUGAGGCCGAUAUUGCUGGUCCAGGAUGGAUUGUGGUAGCACGACGGACAAACGAUGAGAGAAAUUUCCAUUUGAAAUGGCAACAAUAUAAAAAAGGUUUUGGUAACCUAUCUGGUGAUUUCUUCAUUGGAUUGGAUAAACUCCAUGCCAUAACCGCAGCACAGAAUCACGAAUUAUAUAUACGUCUGGAGAACUUUAAUGGACAAAUUCGUUAUGCUCGCUAUGAUCAGUUUUAUAUUGAAAACGAAAACAUGCAAUAUCAACUGUCUAAAAUAAAUGGCUUUUCUGGAGACGCAGGAGACGCUAUGACAGUUCAUUUAGGAAUGAAGUUUACAACCUUCGACAGGGAUAAUGAUUUGUGGGUUGACGGUAACUGUGCGGCAAAAUAUAGUGGUGCUUGGUGGCAUAAAUAUUGCGUACAUUUCAACGCUUUUGGACUCUAUUUGGGUGGCGAUUAUAGCGAUGAAUUGUUUGGAUCGGGAAUGUUUUGGAAGUAUUUUGGCGGCUUUACUUAUUCUUUAAAAUCAAUUAUAAUGAUGAUCAGACCUACCGCUUAAGAAUUGAGAUACAUAUAUCUAAAAAUAUUUGUUAUUUGAAU